UAGGUAUAAUUUACAGUGCAUGAAUGUCGUCUACUGUCUGGAGUCAAUUUUGACCAUGUCUGCUAACUUCAGUUAACAUCAGAAAAUACAAGAAUAAUUGAAAAUCCAAAAAGAAAAAGCCAGUAUAAAGGACGCUUAAGGCUGCAUGCCAGAGAUCAGAGUGAGUUAUAUAACAUAUUUCCGUGCUCCCAUGAAACAUUCUUUGCCAGGGAAAAUGGAGGUUGAAUUCUGUGCUCUGCAAAAGUGAGAUUUUUAGGUUAUAGAAAACAUAAAAAUUGAGGUUUUAGCUCAGAGUUUAUGUAUGGAAAUGGCUUGGGUUGGGUCUGUAGAUGAGAGCUUUCAAGAAGCAGACUAUGAAUUCAGCUACAGAUAUAACGAUGAUGAUUCUCUUGUUGGGAAUCAAUGCUAUUAUUCUCCAGCUUUUGGUGGCAAUGAGGGGACCCUAGUGGAUCUUUUGGGAUCUUCUCUAGAUUUCCCUCAAUGCCCACUAAAUUCUACAACUAAUAAUGUGAAUGGGGUACCUGAUUCUGUGGAGAGUUUUGAGGAGCAUGACUGGUUUUCCUUCAAGUUUGAGGGCUUGGAAGCCCUUCCUUGGAUUGAUGGUGGUGAGUAUCUGAGACAGAAAAGAGAUGGGAACAAGUGUGAAUUGGAUAUAAUUAAGGAAGGGAAAUGGGGAGAGGGAAUGAAUGAGAAGAUGCACUGUGUCUUUGGUAAAGUUGGUGUUGGAGGAGAGGCCAAUAAUGUUGAUUCUGGUAAAGUUAGUGCUGGUGGACCUGGCCAAAGCAUCAACAGCAAAGGGAAAAAGAAUGGGAACUGUUUGCCCGCUAAGAAUCUUAUGGCAGAGAGGAGGAGAAGGAAAAGACUGAAUGAUCGCCUCUCCAUGCUCCGUUCUGUUGUGCCCAACAUCUCCAAGCAGAUGGACAGGGCGUCAAUUUUGGGAGAUGCUGUUGAAUAUUUGAAGGAGCUUCUGAAACGCAUUAAUGAGCUGCAUGAUGAGGUCAUGCAAACUUCAGAUAAUCCUCUUCUUACUGGUCCUUCUAAUUUACAUUCCUUGAGAACCAUACACCCUGCUUUUGUUUGUGGGGAUAAGAAAUACUAUCAUCUUCCAGUGCCUGAUCCAGAUGCACAGCCAGCAAAGGUGGAAGUGAGGACAACAGAAGGCAAGACUUUGAAUAUUCACAUGUUUUGUGCCAGAAAGCCUAGCUUGCUUCUGUCCACAAUGAUGGCUUUGGAUGGACUUGGUCUUGAUGUCAAACAAGCUGUCAUAAGUUGCUUCAAUGGGUUUGCACUAAAUGUUUUUCAAGCAGAGAAAACUAUGGGAAAUGAGAUUCCAGCUGAGGAUAUCAAGACAGUGCUGCUACAUACUGCAGGCUAUCAAUCUACACUCUAGCAAGUUCACAACACUCUAAAAUUUGAAUUCAUAAUAAAACUCAUAUUUUCCUAAACUUUUCUUCAAAUCCCUUUCCAGCCAUAAAAAAGAUGGAGCACAACAUAAUGAAGAACAUGUUUGAAAGAUGGUGUUAGGCAUUGGGCCUAUAAAUGUAGCCAUUUCAGAGGAAACUGAGGUUUAUCUCCACGUUUCCCAAAUGUCAAAGACUGCUGCUUUAGUACGAAAUCGCAAAAGACUUUAACAAAACAACAAUAAUAAACUAAUGGCUUGUUAUUGCUACCAUUUGGUCUAUCUAGAGCGAGAACAUGGGUUUAAGCAGCUAGAAAAUGUACAAAGUGAAGCAAAAUAAUUGUAGUUUUUUAAGGUUUGGAUUGAUGAUAUAUAAGAAUGAUUAUUAUAAGA